AUUUAUACUCACCGUCAACUGAUGAGCAUGUGCGCCUCUCCUCCUCCUUCUUCUCCUCCUCCUCUUCUCUCUCCUCUUCUCCAUCAUUCCUCCACUCCACUACAGCAGAAAGAUCCCUGACUGAGAGAGAAGCAGGAGAAACUGAGGAAAAGCCCAGCCCAGAACCACCAGUCAUGUCCUCUUCAGAAGAGUCGGCGUGGGACGACCAAAGUGCCUUCAAUUAUGACUACGAGACGUUGCGAACCACGGGGGUCAUUCUUGCGGUGGUAAUGUUUGUGGCCGGGAUCCUCAUAGCCCUGAGUAAAAAAUUCAAAUGCUCAAAAUCGUCCAACUCAAGUCCAGUGGAACGCCCUCCAAAGACAGAAGUACCUCCACAGACGGUAUAGAGGCGUCUAUCUACCAUGGAGGCACCUGGACAAGCUGAUGUACUCGAGACUGCUCUUAAGAAUGUGGAGGAGAGCUGCACGUGAUUGUCCUCUACUUUUUAUUCCGGACUCCUUCUGUUUAAAUUUGAGGUCUUAUCCUGUAAGAAUAGUUUGUUUUCAGAAUGUUCUCGUUUAUUUAUUCUUCACUUCAUGAGAAAGAUCUAAGUUGUACUUCUGCUCACUGGAUACUGUAUGGGUUCUACCUCAUAUCUCCAAUAUACAGGCAUAACGUUACUGUGUUGGGUACAAUGUUGAGUCAGACACACACUGGUCCACUACUCUGAGCAUAUGGUGUAUUUGGGUGGUGGUGUUUGGAUGGUGUCGCUAAUACAUGGUCCACGCUUGAGCAUGGUCCACCUAACAAGGUCUUAGAGCUAGAGGAUGGCCAACACAAUUUCAACAUCAACAAUGUAGACGUUUCCAAUAAAGUGGCCAGCUGCACACUCGUGUUACUUUACAUACUAUACAUUGGCAAUGGACUGCUCAUCUGUUCAGCUCACUAUUGGUGUCUCGUGGUGUGUAUGUAAAUUGACCCAUUUAAUUAAAGAAUGUCAGAAUCAUUUUAUUACCCUUUUUUAUCCACAUAUAUGAGAUAAAUAAGCAUUAUCGACUGUUUAAAUUUCAUUCAAAUGGUUUAACUUUAAGGUACAGCAAUAAUAUUCCAUUAUAACCACAUUUAACCAUCCAAAUGUAGAUAUUAGUAGUCAUAUUUUUGGUUUAUAAUGCACAAAAUUGGGUAAUCAAAUUAUUCACACUUUACCGAUCAUCAUUUAUUAUUAAUCUGUGAAAAAGGUGCAUUAAUUCAUUUAAAUUGCCUCUUUUGUCACUACUUGGUUCAAUUGAUUGAAUUAGUAUGCACAUAAUAUAAAAUGCAUAUAAAAUAAACAUUAAAUCAUUUUUAAUUUAUAGUACAGUGAUUCCAUAACACCAAUGCUAUGGUAAAGGUUCCAUGCUCCUAAAAUAAGUAAAAAUAUUAUUUUUCCUAUUUUUAAACUUUGAUUAAAUGGGUUAAUUUCUACACCUCUAUCCUAUCCUCCAAAAUCUCACCUUUAUUUGCCUUUAUUUUAAAAGUUUUAAGUAAGUUUUUAGUUUUAAACGUUUACACUAACAGCAUUACAGGGAAGGCUAGUACGUAUAUAAUGAUGAACAACUUCGCAAAACAAUCUACGCACAACCUCUUACACUGCACUGCUUCUGUUACAGGCUUCUAAUACUUCUAAUAUUUACGGUUAGCAUGUAAAACUAAUGCAGAUUGAAACGUUACGUUGAGAAAUGUCCACGAGUUCUGGUACCUGGACCACAUUUGGUACCUUUGUAGUUUUUAAUCUGUGUUCAUAUAUGAUAUACAGUAUACUUAAAAAGUGGAACUGUUUAUUGCAAAAAAUAAGAUGUCAAUAAAAAGAUUCAGAAUGGUCA